AUGAAGAUCCAGCACGACUUCGCCGGCGUCAUAGAGGCUGCCACAAAGACUCACCUCCGCCCGACUGACUUUCCCACCGUCAUCCCCGACAUCCCCCAUGUCCACUACCAGGAGGCCAGCGAGACGGGCUUCCGCGCGCUCUGGGUCGUUUGUGUCCUCAUGGGCCUCUCCUCUGUAGCCUUCUACAUCAUGGCCGCCCGCGUACCCGUCCAGAAACGCCUCUUCCACGUCAUCACCGCCUCCAUCACCACCAUUGCCUUCCUAUCCUACUUUGCCAUGGCUACUGGCGAUGGUCUCAGCUGGCACUCCACCGUGGUCAAGACCACCAAGUCCGGUGUCGUCGAGGACAUUGUCAAGCGCCAGGUCUUUUGGGCGCGCUACGUUGACUGGGCUUUGACCACUCCCCUCCUCCUCCUGGAUCUGACUCUGAUGGCUGGACUUAACGGCGCCGACAUCCUCGUCACCGUUGGUGCUGAUGUCAUCAUGGUCCUGACCGGGCUCUUUGCCGCCUUUGGCUCAACCGGCACCCAGGUUUGGGGCUGGUACACCAUUGCCUGCGUGGCGUAUAUCGCCAUAGUGUACAACGUUGCUUUUAACGGCAGGCGAGCAGUACAGGGCAAAGAUAGCAAGACGAAGGCUUUUUAUGGGGGGAUUUCGCUCUUUACUCUCCUACUCUGGACUGCCUAUCCCAUUGUCUGGGGCAUUGCUGAUGGCUCCCGAAAAAUCGGUGUUGACGGCGAGAUUCUGGCAUAUGCGGUUCUCGACGUUCUGGCUAAGCCUGUGUUCGGUUUUUGGCUUCUGUUAACUCACGACGCCAUGGCUCGCACCAGCCCGAACGCGCCAAGCUGGUUCACUCAAGGGCUGGCAUCAGACGGCGCUAUUCGUGUAAGUUAA